UUGGGAUUCUCAGUCAAGCAAAGACUCGAUUACUUCAACUUCAACACUUCCGAUAAAAAACGCCGCCGUCCAAUCGCCGGAAGCUAGGGUUUCGUAAUCACUCCGAAUUCUCAACCCCUCAUCUCCACCAUGAACUGCGAAGUCUGCCAACUCAAAGAACUGGAAGUCGAGCACUUUGAGAUUCGUGAAGUUCUCCGCUGCAUACUUCACACAAUUGUGUUCAAUCGCGCCUUAGGUCUUGUACGGCCCAAAGAUGUUGAUUUGGAGCUUUUUGAAAUUACAUAUGUACAAUGUGGGGAUCUGGAACUUGAAAAGAAAAUAGAUGAGAAGAUUGAGCAAUUCAUUAGUUGGGUGGAGAAACACCCGAACAAGAAAAGUCAGGUCUGCUUGGCUUUCUUUGAAGUAAAAAACAAACAGGCAUCUUGGUUCACUAACAAAACAGAGAGGCUAUAUUGGGAACAGUGGUAUAUCAAUUUGAAUGUGGCCCAAAAUCCAAAAGCACAUUCUAUCAAAUCUCAUCACUCCAAAGUUGUAGUUGAUCCAGGAGAAAGUGCAUCAGAGGAGAGGGUUGCUCGCAGAGCUGCACUUGAAGCAACUCUUCAUGAAGUUUUAUUCCAAAUUGUGAAAUUUGUGAAUGAGAAGAAGGAUCAUGUUCCCCCCAUUCCGAAUCUUGAGGGUGUAGUCUCUUUUCCAUAUGAAAUCACUAUCCCAAGUUCCUCGGACUCUGCAUUUGGGAUGGACAUGAUCAAGAGGAUGCUUCAGACUGGCCACCCAACCAUGCUUAGCUGAUUAUCUGAGUUUAUGUGCUAUACCAGUUCUCUGAUCUGCUUCUGAAGGUAAAUAAAUUCUUAUGUUCAUAAUGACUCGGAGCACUAAGUCGGUAACCUUCCGCAAAGACUCUGUCUGUGCAAGCAGGUUUCUUUCUCUGUAAAGAAGUGGUUCCAAGUGCUUAAUUCCUUUCUGUAACUUUGUAAAUAUUCAAUCAUCUUUUCAGUACUUCUCAGUCAUCUUGGUCAUUUCUGGCAUGUCCUUUAGUCUUGUAUGUAGUUAUGUACUGGAGUUGGCACAAGCUUGCUGAAUUGGGAAAAUGAAUAUGAUGCUGUAUGAUAACUUUGAUUGUA